CAACAGUGACAUUCCGUCCCAUUCACAACCACGACUUCUCCCUUCCUCCCGGCAACGUCGAGAUCGGUGACAAACAAUUGGGUCUUUUGUGCAGUGUGUCUUAGUAUGGAAAGCGGCGAGCCGCAUGUGCCGGCACAGAAGGCCGCAGAGUAACAGAGGAGGAGCAAUUGAAACCGACCACAGAGGACCGACCUAGCGCUCCAGAAGCCCCAACACUCGCGAUUCCUCAGCCGCUAGUUAGUUGGCAGAUCGAGCAGGUAGUAUGCCACCGCGCCGCUCUCACAAAAAGUCCCGGUCUGGUUGCCGGCGAUGCAAGUCACGCAAGAUCAAGUGCGACGAGGUCCAUCCGCGAUGCGGCAACUGCGUAAAGCACGGUGUCCCGUGUGACUUUGAGCAUCCCGAGAUCGUGGCCGAGCUCCAAGCCACUGCUGCUACGGAGUCGCCGUCGACGCCCGCCUCGACCGUGAACUUCGGAUCCCCCAUCUCUCGAUAUGCAUCCGUCAUACCCGGAGCUUCCGCCGUUGCCACGCCGUUAUGCCGAGCUCCGUCGACCCAGGCCGUCUCCCAAACCACGCCGCCGGGUCACCGGCUGCUUGAGCUGAGGUUGAUGCAUCAAUACACAGCCAUGACAUGCAAGACAUUCACAUUUACCGCGCCGGUGACGGAGGAUAUUUGGAAGAUCACGGUGCCGAACCUCGCCUUCACUGGGUCCCAGCAUCUGGCGGACGCCAUACUCGCCGUUGCUGCGCUCCACCUGCGCAGUAUGGUGCCGAACGACAAGGAGCUAAUACGCGCGUCGCAUGCCUACAUGGCUGCCUCGCUUGCUGAGUAUAGCGCCGCCCUAACAAAGGGUAUCAACCACAACAACGCCGAAUCCCUAUUCCUGACGUCAACCCUCAUCGCGUUCCAGUCCACGGCCACUAGGGUGUUCAUGAAGGAUGAGGUCAUGGUCGGCGCGGGAAACGACGGUGAUGCCAGCGCCAACCGGCAGCGGAAUCAGCCGUCCGGGUGCUAUUCCAUUCCUUUCUCAUGGUUCCACUCCUUUCAAGGGGUCAAGGCGAUCACCGCUGCCUCGUGGCAAUACCUCCGUGCGAGCCCUGUAGUAACGCAAGUCAUCAACUCGCAAGCUGUCCUCCAACUCGACUUCACCGCUGGGCCCAAAACCUUCUUUGGGCACUUACUCGAAGGCAUGGAGGAGGAACUCGCUGCCAUGGGCGAUGCUUCCUCGACAACGCCCCGCGCUACACCGCAAGCCGGGGGCGCACCUUCCCCAACAUCACCCGCAUCCCCCGGUUACCAGCCGCCAAACAAACCUUCUGCGGCCGCCGAACUCAUAGCAUCCACGCGGCAAGCGUACCAACACGCCGUGGCCGUUCUCAACUGGGCGCAUAAGAUCCCGCACAAGGGCGCGCCGCUCGCCUUCCCGGCCACCGUCUCCCGGCGCUUCAUUGAGCUCCUCGAGGAGCGGCGCCCGCGCGCGCUCGCUAUCCUCGCUUGCUUCUUUGCCCUGCUCAAGUCGAUGGAUUCGAUCUGGUGGCUGCAGGGCAUGGCGCGGCGUGAGGUCCUGGGUGUCGUCUCGCUCUUCAACAGUGACUUCUUCGGCGCCGACGCCUACCGCACCUGGUGGCCGCACCUCGAGUGGGCGAUGCGCAUCGCCCUGUAUGAGCAUCCUAGCGGCGGGAACAACACCGGGGAGCCAAUACCGGCCGACAUCUGGGGCGCGGAUUGGUACGCCGAGGAGCGCGCCCUAGAGGAAGGGCAGGACCAUCACGGCGGUUAUGUCGGGCAUAUCGAGCUACUAAGCCAGAUGGGCAGUGCCAUGCAGAGCAUACCCAGCGUACCGGAGUUUGUGCCCGUUAUGGGGAACCAGGGGUGACGACCGGGAAGAGAAAGGGAUGAGAGAAAGAGAAAUGAGGCGCGGUUACUGUAACCCCCUGGCCGAACCCUAUCACGUCGCCUACCUGCCUAGGCGGCAGCCUUCAGCCAGGGGUUGCAAGAUUCGGCAUAGCGCCAGAGCUAAACCCAGAUGAACAAACGCGGACAACGGCCGCGGUAAUACAUACGCAGAGAGAUAGGCUGAGAUGCAAGGCCAAUCACCGGGCACCCGAACAUAAGCAACAAGUUGGUUCGGGUCCGAGGCGGAUCCCCGUAAGUCAAUGAGAGAUCGAGACCCCAUCGAGGGUAUUUAGGUAGCAUAUGCGGUAACAUUAUCCCAGUACCAGAUGGGGCAUCGACCCCUGGGGGGAUGGGAGGGGCAGCUGUUCGGGGAUACAGCUGCGCGAGCAGCAGACACAAGCAGAGGUUGAGGUGUACAUACGGUAUAUUA